AUGAGACGUAGUUUAGCGCCGAGCCAGAUUGGCGCUGGUGAUACUGUCUUCAAAAGUCCUUUGCUUGAUUCGACUAAACGCAAACGGCGGGAAUGCACAAAAAUACCUCUGACCCAAAAGUCUGCCUCCCAAGCGCUGUCUGCAUCGGAACAUGAGAAUCUCAUACGACAGAUAUUGAAUAAACCUUUCAAAGUUCCGAUCCCAAAUUAUGUUUCAUCUUAUUGCAGCAAAAGUUUAGGACUAAAAAGAAGUCAAGUAAGACGUGCUUUACAUGAUCCAGAUGAACCAAACGCUUUGGUCUUGUACCGUCCACCACACAUUCCUGAACAUGAAAGGAUGAAAAUGAGCCCAAAUGAGAUUAAAGUAGCAGUUGUAGUAGAUCCAGUGCUUGGUAAUAUUUUAAGACCUCAUCAAAGAGAAGGUGUAAAAUUCAUGUACGAUUGCGUCACUGGGAAACAGAUCGAAAAUGCUUAUGGGUGUAUCAUGGCGGAUGAGAUGGGACUGGGAAAGACACUUCAGUGUAUAACUUUAUUGUGGACCUUAUUAAGGCAAGGGCCUGAUUGCAAACCUUAUAUCUGUAAAGCUAUUAUUGUUUGUCCAAGUAGCUUGGUAAAAAAUUGGUACAAUGAAAUUCAUAAAUGGCUAGGCCAAAGAAUAAAUGCAUUGCCAAUGGAUGGUGGUUCUAAAGCUGAAAUCACAUUAAAAUUACAACAAUUUAUGAACACCUACUCAGCUACGAGGGUUGCAACUCCAGUACUGAUUAUAUCAUAUGAAACAUUUAGAAUAUAUUCUAAUAUAUUACACUCAUCAGAAGUUGGAUUAGUUCUUUGUGAUGAAGGGCACAGAUUGAAAAACAGUGAAAAUCAAACAUACCAGGCUUUAAUGGGUUUAAAAGCUAAGAGAAGAAUUUUAAUAUCCGGCACUCCAAUACAAAAUGAUUUAACAGAAUAUUUCAGUCUAGUGCACUUUGUCAAUGAAGGUAUACUAGGUACCGCCCAAGAAUUCAAGAAGAGAUAUGAAAACCCAAUAUUGAAAGGUCAGGAUGCCUUAGCAUCUCAGCAAGAAAGGGAAAGAGCUCAAGAAUGUCUGCAGACAUUAACUUCUAUAGUCAAUAAAUGUAUGAUAAGAAGGACAAGUAACUUACUCACUAAGUACUUGCCAGUCAAGUUUGAGCAGGUCAUUUGUGUGAAAAUGACUCCCCUUCAAACUCAAAUAUACAAGAACUUUAUUAACUCUGAUGCUAUACGGAAUAAAUUCUCUGGUACUGGUGAGAAGAACACCCUUAGUGCUCUUUCUAGUAUCACCACUUUGAAAAAGCUUUGCAACCAUCCAGAUCUGGUUUAUGAUAAAAUUAUAGAAAGAUCGGAAGGUUUUGAGAAAGCUAGAGAUUUGUUACCAAGUAAUUAUGAUAUCAAAGAUGUCAAACCAGAAUAUUCAGGUAAACUGAUGAUAUUGGAUUGCAUAUUAGCUAAUCUUAAAACAAACACAGAUGACAAGAUUGUCCUUGUGUCUAACUACACACAAACACUAGAUCUAUUUGAGAAAUUAUGCAGAAAAAGAUGUUACCAUUAUGUUAGAUUGGACGGUUCUAUGACAAUCAAGAAGAGAGCUAAAGUUGUGGAAAGCUUUAAUAGUAAAGAUUCUAAAGAAUGGAUCUUCAUGCUUAGUUCGAAAGCUGGAGGCUGUGGACUGAAUCUCAUUGGUGCAAACCGUUUGAUCAUGUUUGACCCAGACUGGAAUCCCGCGAAUGAUGAUCAAGCAAUGGCUAGAGUGUGGCGUGAUGGACAAAAGAAACCCUGCUAUAUUUAUAGAUUACUGGCUACAGGUACAAUUGAAGAGAAGAUAUUCCAAAGACAAGCUCACAAAAAGGCUCUCAGUGAUACAGUUGUCGAUCAAAAUGAGGAAUCUUUACGGCAUUUCACUUCAGAUGAUCUGAAAGAUUUAUUCAGAUUAGAAGAAAAUACUCUUUCAGAUACACACAGCAAAUUUAAAUGUAAGAGAUGCAUUAACAAUAUACAAGUGACUAUGCCACCAGAGAAUUCUGAUUGUACGUCUGAUUUAUCUAAUUGGUAUCACUGUGCAGAUAAGAAGAGCUUAGCUGAUUUGGUUUUGAAGCAAUGCUGGGACUUGGCAAAAACCAUUUCAUUUGUGUUUCACCAUCGUUCGGCUGAAACAGAAGCUAAAAUAGAAAUAUCAGAAGAAGAUAAAGAAAAUGUCCAACAAAAGAAAAAGAGAAAAAUUGAAAUAGAUGAAGAUUAUUCUGAACCUGAUGAUAGUGCUGAUGAAGAUUAUGAAUAA